AUGUCGGCCCCGGACACCCCGUCUGCGGGAGAAUGCGACUUUCAGUCCACUCCCAGUGGCCUCCAGUUCUGCGACCUCAAGGAGGGGCAGGGGCCUCCUCCCAGCGCAGGGGCCAAGAUCAAUGCACACUACACAGGCCGCCUGUUCAGCAACAACAAGGUGUUCGACUCCAGCUACCAACGCGGCUCGCCUCUGUCCUUUAAUGUUGGCGUGGGCCAGGUUAUCAAGGGCUGGGACAUGGGCAUUUUGGGCGCCGAAGGCAUCCCACCCAUGAGGCCCGGCGGCCUGAGGAAGCUCAAGAUACCAGCGGAGCUUGCGUAUGGGUCAAAGGAUGUGGGCAAUGGGCUCAUCCCUCCAAACUCAGUGCUGGUCUUUGAUGUGGAGUAUGUUGGCUUGGCAUGA